GGCCGUCAAUUUAACUUUUGAGAUUUGACGGAUUGGAUAUAGGAGGCACUCCAUUGAAAGAGUCGAGGUAAAGGAGAGUACAAACGUAGUGGAUGAGCAAGCCGAAGCCUGGCUCCCGCUCGCACUCGACACUUGAGAGAUGAAGUGGAGGCUGGUCUGCAGAAAGCUGUCCGACUACGUUCGCUACGACUUGAAGGAGAUCGCCUUCCCCUCUUCGUUUCCCGAUCCUCCUCACAUCAAGAAGCGUCGCAAGCUCACUUGGCACGAGCGAUUUCUCGUGUUAAAGGAGGCGUCCAGGCUUUAUGCUGCGAGCUGGGUACGAGAUAUUGGUCCUGAGCUCCGACCAAAUGACUACAAGAAAGAUGAAGACAGUGAAGACAAGCCUAGCGGAGCCCAAAAAGCUGGUAAAGAGAAAGAACUUUCGACUUUAGAGGAUCUCGCUGUGGCUGCAAGAGGGGGACUGGAAACAUUAAGGCCUGCUUUGCAGCGGUUGUACAUGAUGAGAGCUUCUGCAUAUACGGAUGCUCUUAAAAGCUUUAUAGAAGGAUAUCAAGAAGGUGUCCAACGGGUUAUGGAAAAGAAAGGAGAUACUACAUCUCAGAAGAUGGGCGAUCCACCUGAAAAGAUGAAUUGAUUGAUCUUGCGAGGUGUGUCCUUACAAAGAUCAAGUUCUUACCGAACACCUUUGUGACUAUGUUUUCCUCAUGAUGGUAUUAACUGUAAGCUUGACCAUCCAGGUCAGAAAAGAUUACUUGGAAAUGAUCACUUAUUAUGGGUGCUUGCACUUUUCUUGACAGUUUGCUGGGCUGAGUCUUUGAUGCGUCAAGACUUGUAUAUUCCUCUCUAGUAUGAUGUGCUUCUUUCCUGGAGAAAUCUAGAAGAAGGCAAUUGAAGUUUCUUAGUACGACAAUAGGGAUGCUUUCCUCCA